AUGACCUCUUCUAAUUAUUCACAAUUGGAAGAAACUACCCGAAUUUUCAGGUUGCUUCUCGAUUCGGGAAUUUUACCUGCCGAGUUCACCCAAUUAGCUGCCCAUGUCAAAUUCUACAAUGAAUCUAACCAACUCAGUGUUCCAUGUCCAUUGAAACAAACUGAGUUGAUCUCAGCUUUGAAAGGUGUAGAGGCUCUCUUGGCUUUGAAGUUGAGCAAGAGCAGAUUCAACAAUAAUGGCUCGGCCGAUAUCGAUCUUCAACAUGCACUUUUAUUCCUUUUUCUGACCUACUGUUCUUCGGUUAACGGAUAUCACAAGGGAGACAAGCUACAAGUCAGCAAGUAUCUUAAACAAACCGACCUAAACCAGGCACAGUCAGACCCCUACAGAAGAAUGUCUGCUAAUUUGUAUCGUACUAAAGAUAAACGUUUCUAUCAUAUUCAUGGAUCAUUGGAUGCUACCACGACUUUGAAGAUGAUUGGAUUACCAGCUUUUAUUCCAGGUCUCACAGACUACAACGAGAUAGUUAAAAUCUACCAAGAUAGGCUCGACACCUUCAAUUGUGACGAGUUGGAAGCUAUGAAUGUUCAGAAUAAACAGGCUGGGAUUGAAGCUCUCAAACCAGAACAAUUCUUGCAAUCUGAGCAUGGCAAGGUUAUCAGUGCUGAACCUAUUUUCAAUGUAGAAGCAUUGGAAACUGACACUCCGCCAGUGCCAUUUACACCAAGCACAAAGCCACAGAUUCUCGCCGGAAUGAAGGUUCUUGAAUUGUGUCGUAUUAUUGCUGGCCCCACCAUCAGUAAGAUACUUGCCGAGUAUGGUGCUACUGUGAUCAAGGUUACUUCUGAUAGCACUUUACCAGAUGUUCCUUUCUUCCAAGUCGACGGCAACAUGGGUAAGCACACAACAAACCUUAACCUCAAACAUCCUGAGGACCGUGCCAAAUUUGAAGAGCUCUUGAAAGACGCAGAUAUUAUUGUAGAUGGCUACAGAACAGGAGUGAUCGAAAAGCUUGGCUAUGGGCCUUCUCGUAUCACCGAAUUGGCCAAACAGCGUAACAAGGGAUACAUCUACGCUUCGGAGAACUGCUUUGGUUUCUCUGGAGAAUGGAGUGGAAGACCAGGAUGGCAGCAGAUUGCCGACUGUGUCAGUGGUGUAGCGUGGUUGCAAGGUCAGGCACUUGGCAAAGACGAACCAAUGAUUCCUCCAUUCCCUAUGAGUGAUUACGGUACUGGUUGUAUUGUAGCCAUCUCAAUUCUUCUUGCUGUAUACAAGAGAAAUAUCAUAGGUGGUUCUUACUGGUGUAACUCUUCUUUGGUUCAGUACGACUUGUUGCUUUUGGCCCAAGGCAAAUAUCCUGAAGAAACCUGGAAAUCUCAAGUGUUAAAUAACCCAGACUUUGCACCAUUCAUGAAAUUGAGAUACUAUGAUUCGGUGGAUGCCAUUUCAGGAACAGCUCUUUCUAUAUUCCAGAAGUUGAAUCCAGACGCUUUGCAGAACCAAGAUUACUUCACAUCAUUAUAUUCUGAAGGGUUUGGUGGAACUAUCAGAGUAUUGAAGCCAGUGGUGGAGUACACCGGAGGAAUUGAAGUUGGCUACAAAUGUUCCAGCAGACCAAAUGGACUGGAUGCUCCAGAAUGGUGGGACUAAUCUACACUCUUUGCACUUAAAUGGAUAAUUUACAUGAACAUAUAUUAU